GGAGGACCCACCCACACUCACUCGCAGGCGGAGAGAAAGUCUGAUGAAUGUCAUCAGCAAGGAGGGGGCGGACCAUUUGGCUGAGCAAGCUAUGGAAGAGAACCAGAAGGGCGCAGAACUAUUGACUAAGGUGAACAUAACUGAUCUGUCCUUGAUUGACAGUCUGCGGUACCGGUCCCAUUUCGAUGAUCUGUACAUCUCGUUGGCAUUAAGUGCCAUCGAGAACUACAACUUUGUCAAACGCAAUCGCCGAGCCAAUCUGGUGCACAGGGAUGUGGCAGCCAUGUUGUUCUACAGAAAAAACUACGGCGAAGCUGAGAAGCACCUGUACAUCGUUUGCGAGCAGUACGUUCAAGAUGGGUGGCGUUCACUGGAACUGGACAUCCGAUCCGACCUAGCCCACUGCCAACGGAGAUGCGGCCACUAUCAGAAGUACAUUGAGUCUUGCACCACGCUCAUUACCAAAGCCUGUCCUCUGCCGCACGAGGAGAAGGCACCGAUAAAGGGGCGAUACGAAUGUAUAGAAUUAAUAGCCUGCAUGGGUAACCUGCAGAUGCGACACAUCUACGACUAUCUGGAUAUAGAGUACACCAUUAGUGUCGAUAGUAGUCAGAUAAACCUUAGUUUAGCUCCCGAUAUCCCCGAGAAAAGUAUAUAUUUAAGUGGUAUCCUCCAGUAUAUUCCCUUGACCAUCAACACGCAUGACGGGGAUAUGUUGGAUGGUACGCUGACGUUCAUGCCGUCAGAAGGUCUGUUAAUUGAAGCAGUGCGAGAUGACAGGGGGCUAAUGUAUCCUGCAAGUGCACCAGAUGAAGGUAU